AUGUCACACUCCCUUUAUUCUCUGCUUCUCCUUUCUCUUCAGUUUGUGGCCGACCUCUCCUCGCCGAUUAUUCUCCAGUUCCUUCUCUCUCUCUCCCUCUUUCUUCUCGUCCAUGAAUCUCCUCUCUCCUUCUCUCUUCACCUCAUUUCAAAUCCCUUCUCCAGCUCCAACCCCAAAACCAUAGCAUCCUUCAAACCCUCCAUCCCCCUCAACACCGACUCCUCCCCUUCCCGCCGACCCUACGGCAAGGUCCACGUCAUCAUGGGUCCCAUGUUCACCGGCAAGACCACCUCUCUCCUCUGCCGCAUCAAGUCCGAGGGCGCCAGCGACAGAAAUUUGGCGAUGAUGAAGUCGAGCAAGGAUAACAAGUAUGCUAUUGAUUCGGUGGUGACUCAUGAUGGGGCCAAGUUUUCGUGUUGGGCUCUGCCGGAUCUGUCCUUGUUUAGGCACAGAUUUGGAGGAGAUGCUUCUGAAAAGCUUGAUGUUGUUGGUAUCCAUGAGGCUCAGUUUUUUGAUGAUCUAUAUGAUUUCUGCUGCACGGUUUCUGAUCAUGAUGGGAAGACUGUGAUUGUUGCAGGCCUGGAUGGUGAUUACUUGAGGACAUGA